GCAGAGUUAUUGGAUAAUUAUUGAAAUGUCACUUUUUCUAAUUUCAGUUUAAUUAUCCAAUUCAGACAGACCUUUAAUUAAUUUUUUUUUAUCACAUAAGUGUUUACCGGAAGUAAUUUGGUUGAAACAAUUUUCAACAUUUAUUGACAUAAAUUAUUCAAAAUGUGGCUGGUAAAAUGGAAAGGAAAAUGCAAAAAAACAUAUUUGUGUGGAAAAAUUGCCUGCGGUAAUAAUUUUUUUAUAUAGGACAUUUCGACAUAUUGAGCUAGUUCUCUGCCUUUCUUCACACUUUUUCUCCUUCGAGGAUUUUAUCUAAUGAACUGUCAGUGGUUAUGUGACAAGUGCCUUCGAUUAAGCAAAUUCAUCAAAGACGUUGAAUAAUGGCUUCUAAAAACCGAUCAAAUGUGGAAUUGUUUGAUUAUUUCAAAAAUAAAAAGUGGAUUUCGGAAGAUGGAAAAGAGAUGAGUGCAGUAACAUGUAAUCUGUGCAACGAUCCUGAAAGAACAAUUAAAUGUUCCGCCAAAUGAAAUUUGAAACGGCACAUUAUUCUCAAGCACAAGGACAAGGCAAUAGAACUUGGUUUUCAGGAGGAAGCUGUGUGCUCCGAUUCUUCAAUAUCGUUAACAACUGCUCCAGGAACUAAGAAGAGAGUUUCUUUUACAGUAGAUCCGAAUCGCUACAUAAUGAAUUUGGUGCAAUGGGUAACAGUUGGCAACGUACCUCUUCAGUUUUUCAAUCUGGAAUGCGUUCAGGAAGUUCUCCAUCCGAUUCACGAUUCAUUGAAAAUUGGUCAUAUGAAUCGUCAUAACGUUAUCCAGUACAUUCACGAGGUUACUACAAAACUAGUAAAAUUCAUUUCCUUGGAGUUGAAUGGAAAGCAAAUUUCGAUUAAAGCAGAUAUUGCCUCACGAAAGGGUAGAACAAUACUCGGAAUCAAUGCACAAUUUAUUAAGCAAGGUCAAAUUGUCGUUCGUACAUUGGUUAUGUGCGAAAGAUUCGACAGGAACACGGCUGAGAACAUCAUGGAAGAAGUUUUGAAAGCGCUGUCGACAUUCGGCGUCGAAUUGGCCCAAGUGUAUAGUAUCACUACUGACAAUGGCAGCAACAUGCUGAAAGCCUCAAAACUUCUCCGGAACUGCCAGGAGCUUAACGAUAACAUCAUGGAUGAAUGUGAAGAUAUCGAUGCCAAUAAAAGUUACUUGGAUACUGUACAAGAUGACAUAACGGACAUUGAUGACGAACUCUCAGAAAGCGAAAACUCUUCAACUGAUACAUCCGAUUCCGAGAUGCACUGGGACGAUGAAUUUCAACUGCAAGAGAUCCAAGAUGAACUUCCAGUAAUAGAAAAGGCAAGUCUCAUAGGAAUAAGGUGCGCGGCACAUACAGUACAACUUUCAGUGUUAGACGUUUUGAGAAAGGAUUCGCUUGCCAAAUUCCUGAAGAAAAUCCGGAAGCUUGUGAAAAUUUUGAGAGCCCAGCCGUAUGGCAACUCAUUCAAGCUUGACAAAUCGAGGAAACUUCCGUUUCUUGAUGGUGACACGCGCUGGGGCUCAUCUUACUUGAUGGUUGAUUGUCUUCUACAGCAGCAAGAUUUCAUCAACAGCUUACUCUCAGCCGAUUUGAAAAAACAAUAUGGUACCUGUUUUUGGAAACGUGUGGACCAAUUUGUCGAUGCAACCAGACCUCUGUAUGUUUUGACUAAACGCAUUCAGGAAGAAACGCUCACAUGUGGGUCAUUCUAUUUAUAUUGGAAAGAAUGUUGUCUGGAGCUAGAAGAAUCCACAGAAACCCUUGCGAAACAAUUACUGGAAGCACUAAUCCAACGUAAACCAAUGUGGUUCAACAAUGCUGCUUUCUACGCUGCAUUAUAUGUAGAUCUCAGGUUGAAUGAGUUUGAUCCACCUGUUCUCACAGCAGAGCAAAAAGAAGAGGCAAUUAAGCAUCUGUUGGCUACAUGGCAAUCACUACAGGCUAUUGGCGGGAAGAAAACAAUGUCCGAAGACCUUGAUCCAUCCAGUCCUUCAACCUCAAAAAGCGCACCUCUGAAACGUGUCCAACAACUUCUUUUAGUGAGCCGUCAGUCGAAGCCAUCUGACAUAACUGAAAUGGAAAAAAAGAUUAGACGUAUCUCGCUAGAACCGGCUUUGCCUCUGGAUUGUGAUGUCAUUGAGUGGUGGGAGAAGCAAUAUAACAAAGAUGUGGGCCUUGUUCAGCUUGUUCUCACUGUACUGCAGCUCCCGUGUACUCAAGUUUCUGUUGAGCGAUCUUUCAACGGUUUGGGGCAAAUUUUGUCAAAGUUCCGAUUAUCUCUUGGAUCGUUGUCAUUGCAGCAGAUUUUGUUCCUGAAAGCUAACAAGGAUAUGAUUAAAACAGUUUACUUUGAUUUUAAAUAA